AUGAUAAGAUCUCUGAAGAAGCUUAAGAUCUGGUCCAUGCUGAAGAAGAGACGACGGCCGGCCAACGCGACUCAGCAAGGCCCGAACUCCGGCCACCGCUGCUCUUGCUCGGCCAGGCAGCCCACCGCUCCGCUGCUGCUGCCGUGGGCGGAGCUCGACCCCGCAGCUCGCACGACCGAGGCGCUCCGAGCUCCUGGCGUGGCGCCGCCGCUGGACCUCACGUCCAUCUUGACGUCGGCGGCUCAUUCUGGCGCCCCCGCUUCGUACCAGCAGUACCUGGUGCCUUCCCCCCUGUUCGGAGUGCCGACGCCGCCGGGCGUUGUGAGGGAGGGGGUGUUCUGCGGAUGUUUCACUGGGAUUGCAGCUCUGGCUGCCCUACUCAGAUACUGCUUGUGCUGCUUUCAACACUGGCCUUGCUGA